CCUGCGGACACUGAGCUUUCCUCAGAGGAUAAUUAGGAGGAAAAACCAAUAUAGCAAGACAAAUCUGUUUUUCUCUAAAGGAGAAUAAUUUGACAGAGUUGUUCACGCUUUCUCUGUCUCCGUCUCUAAACAAUUACCCUGAAAGAAACACGCGUUUUUCUCCUUUUUACGCACGCCUCUGUGAGUGACCAGCUGAGAUCAUUUGGGGAACACAGCGGCAUGUAAACCUGAUUGUCUCGGUCGUCGCAAAUAAGGAUUCACAAUCGGAGGCUCCGCUGCAUCUACUGCUCACAUUUUGGAGAGCCUGUUGAGUCUUCUCGUACUACACCAACAUUUUCAGCUAUGGAGUUGAGUUCAGUGAUUUUAACGACUGGGGGCUCCUUCGGUUUCUUCAGACUUGUCAACGCUGGUGUGAGUAAACUCCCCAUGCCCGAAAGUGCCUGCAGGAACGCGUGGAAAUGGAGAAACAUCUCCACAUCCUUUGUGCACAGUUUUAUCACUGCGAUAUGGGCAGUGCUCUGCUUUUUCCUUCACCCACGGAUGGCCGAAGACUUGAUAGAGACUCACUCUGUGUUUUCUCACGCGUUGGUGUCGUUUUCAAUCGGUUAUUUCAUGUACGACUUCUUUGACAUGGUGCUGAACCAGAAGCUGAGUCAGUCCUGGGAGCUUCUCUUUCAUCAUAUUGUGGUGAAAACCAGUUCUUUUAAUGUUGGAAACACUCUGUCACUCAGAUUCAAACUUGUGGGAACCAGUUUCAGCACCACCCCGUUGUUGGUGGUAAAAGCCUAUCUGCCUUUUUUGUGA